UCUCGCAGAUGUGGGCAUCCCGCGCGCGCGGGGGGCGCGAAGGGAGCCCGCGAAACGUUUUUCGGCGCCGUCUCGUUUCAUUCACCUCCCACAAAAGGGCAACCUUAUCUCUUUUCCUCUUUCCAUCUCUCUUCUCUCCCUUCCAGCGGCGGCGGCAGAUCGAAGCCCGACGACGGCGGUGAGUGCGCAGCGGCGCCGGCAAAUCGAAGCCCGGCGACGACGUAGCGCAGGUCAAACGCAGGUCAAAGGCGACAGGGAAGUCAGGGACUACUACAUCUUCCUAUCGUUGAUUUUCUCCCCAAAAUCUAAGGACCACAAAGAAGAUGAACCCUUCCUUAACAAGCCUAUUAAACAUUAUGAAGAGAUGCUGGUUAUCGUUGGAGCUAGCAUGGCUACAGGGCAAUAUGCAAAAGGCUCAAGUGACCCUUUAGGUACAGAUGUGAUUGAUCUUGAAGAACCGAAAGCCAACAAAGCUGCUGCCCCUCAUGACGAGGUUUCCCAAUCACCCACUUGUGGCGAGUCAGCUGCUCCCAAGUUGAAGAAAGCCAAAACCAAUCCUUCUGCAGAAGACAGGAUGCAUGCAACCAUAAUGGCUUCAAGUGAAAGGCUUGCUGUUGCCAUAGAGAAACUUAUUAGCAGCGCCAACCCCGCCAUUGAUGGUCUUUGGGAUGAGAUGAAAGAACUCCCUGGUUUUGAUUUGGAUUCCCUUGCACAUUACUAUGCCUAUUUGGUUGACAAUCCUCGUGUUGCAACAGCAUUCAAGGUCUUGGGAGAUGUCCAGAGAAAGGUUUGGGUCUCUAGGUAUGUGAAGAGUACCUUCCCUGAAGCCGAAGCAUGAUGAGUUUAUAUGGGUAGUUUGACUUGUACUUUUGAUGACAACCAAAACAAUGGAGCUAUGGGUUGUAUGGACUUGUUCUUUUGAUUACAACCAAAACAUUGAACUAUGCAUGGGUUGUAUAACUAUAUAUUUGAUCAAGUAUUCUAUGGAAUGUCGAGCUAUAUAUUCUAUUACUUGUUGAAAUGCUUUUUUCAUGCAUUAUCACUUGCUGAAAUUUGUUCUUUCAUUCAGUAUAACUUGCUGAAAUUUGUUCUUUCAUGCAUUCUAACUUGCUGAAAUUUAUUUUUUUCGUUCAUUAUAACUUGCUGGAGUAUGUUUUGGUAUGGUGCUCAAGAUUCUAAAAAUGUUCUUAUACUUGCUGUUGUACAUACCAUAUUUGAUUGCCUCAUAUUGAAAAAUGGCUAACCUCACCGACCAACCAAACAGAAAAAUGGCUAUCCCCAGCCAAGAUUUAACCUUCAAACCAAACAAAACAUGGGCUAAUAUUAUCCACCAACCAAACAGAAAAAUAUGGUUAUCCUUAUCCUGCUGGAUAGGGAUGCCCAUAGCCCCCCAGCAUCUCCUUCUAUCCAAACGCAUCCUCGGAUUUGGUUUAACGAGCAUCUUCUCAGAGAGCAGUGCAGGUGCAGCACACGAGAUUGAGAAAAAUCAACACCCACGCCGUCCGAAUCGAUGAGCAGCGGCGGCGGCGACGACGAUGCGGGGGCUGGGGACGGCGGGCGGGCCGAGUGGCAGCGCAUCUACGACCGGGUCGAGGCGCUCGCCGCCGGUCGCGCGCGGCUGGAGGCGCGCAACAGGACCCAGCAUGAGUUCUGGGACGCCCGCGACAAGAUCAACCACUCCCGCCUCCACCAGGCGGAGCUGAGCAGAAGCAGGUGGGAGGCGGCCUGCAGGGAGCUGCUCCCUUCCGAUGAUCCCAAGCUCGCCGAACUGCUAGAGAGUGAUUUGGAGGAUUCAAGAACUUGUGAAGCUCUCUUGGACACCGAAAACUUAGAACUGCUGGUACAACUGAAGGAAGAUGGAACUUGUGUAGAGCUUAAUGAAAACACUGCAGAUCAUGAGCACACUUCCGGAGAUUUAAUAUCAGAACUAAGAAAGUUAAAGCGAAUCUAUGAGACCCUUCUAGAGGGUAAGCUAAAUGAAUUGAACUCCUUGGAUAAGGAGAAUGACAACCAGAAGCUCAAAGUUGCGAAAUCUAAGACACUUAAACGCAAGUUUGCCUCCUUAUCAAAUAUACAAUCAAAGGAAGCUGGAAAUUGUGUGGAGACUAUUCAAGAGAAUGCGGAUCAUGGGGCCAUCGCAAGAGAUUUAAGAGCAGAGCUCAGAAAACUGAAGCAAGCUUAUGAGACCCUUAGCUCAAACAAGGAUAAGGAAAUUUCUGCACCACUUGCAGUGGAGGAUUUUCUUUUGAACAAACUGCUGAGAAUUGACAAGGACAACGCAGGGCUCCUUAAGAUAAAGGAAGUGGAGGCAGCACAAGCUAACGAAGCAGCACAAAAGCUUCAGCAGACUGUAGAGGAACUGCAAGUGGCGGUCCGAUAUAAGGAUGAUGAGAUUGGCAGAUUACGAGCAGAAGCGGGGCCCCUUAAGAUAAAGGAAGUGGAGGCAGCACAAGCUAGCAAAGCAGUGCAAAUGCUUCAGCAAAGUGUAGAGGAGCUGCAAGUGGCAGUCGGAAAUAAAGAUGAUGAGAUUGGCAAAUUGGGAGCAGAAGCUGCUAGUGUAGAAAAAAUGGUACUGACUCUUGAGGGUAAGCUACUGGAAAUGCAGUCCUUGGUUAAGGAGAAAAAUGAUGAAAUACAAAAACUGAAAAAUGGGCAACCUGAGAGUCUGAAAUGCAAAUGUGCUUCUUCUAUACCAGUUGAGUUCGUGAGGCAGAUGCCCCUUUUCGACGAGUGGGGGCUGCGCCCGGCCGGCCUUGAAGGGCCCCGCGAGAACCCCGCCCUUGUGGUUCCUUUGCCCGCCGUCCCUGCGGCGCGCCCCCCAGAGGUGGAUGCAGGGGGGCGAGCGCCGCCGAGUGCCGCUGGGGCAGGUGCUGGAGAGAUGAUGCAGCCCGGCGCUUCUGAGACGUCAGCCCCCGAGGCUCGGGUGAGCUGCCCUGAGGGGGUGGCAGGAGAGAUGGCUCAAUCCGAGGCUCCUGAGGUCGCCGCCCCCGAAGCUUGGGUGAGCAGUCCUGAGGUGGAGGCUGGGGAGCUGGCACGGCCUGACGCUCCCGAGGUCGCCACCCCAGGGGCCCCGCCGAACGACCCAGACGCCGACGCUCUCGCCUCUUGCGCCUCGCGCCUUGGCCCGCUCCGCAUAAACUUCGAAGCACUCCGCAAGAUGAAACCGAGUGGUCGUGCCUAUCGGCUGCUGAAGCCGAGGAUGUACAUAGCCAUAGACGAGUAAGUACCUUAUCUUCGCGAUUUCCUGCUUGUUGUGCCCUUUCCUCACAAUGGCUCUUCAGGCCGUGAGGAAUGGGAGCAAGGGAUCCGAAGCCAUGGUUUAGCUUUGUUGGUAUUGGUGUCUGCUUCCCUUCUUCAGUCCAGAGUUUCGGUAACCACAAAUCUUAUGUAUUAUAUCGCCUGGGAGGCUGGGACAUGGUUUCUGCACGUAAGAAGGAACUAAACUUUUGUUGA